GUCCAGGGGCAACGGCGUAUACUCGAGCGGUUAUCAUGCUACUGCAGAGAUGCUUUUCGAUUUCUUGGACAUCUUCUGACUCUUCUCUUUGACAAAAGAUUCAUUUUUCCAGCUGGCCGUCAGAUCCUUUCUCUUGACAUUUUUCAUAAUAAAUUUAUUUAUUUUUAGGAAAACCGAGACCCUGAGCAUUUUGCGCUGUGAUGAAAAAACCGUGGACUGCGUAAAACGGUUGAACUUCGAUUUGAAUUUUAGUGGUUACACCGUUACAGUCGCCAUCUCUUUGUCUUCCAGUGUCUCCAUGAAUUCCGCUUUGAUCAGUCAUUUGAACAAAACAGUUUGCAAGAACUUUUGGAAUGAGCCAUGGCAUCGAACCCUGUACAAUUACAAGCACAUCAGCCUGUUGGAAAUGCCGUUGUGUCAGAAACCCGUAACGGGAGCGGAACGGAUCGCUACGAAGCUAUUCUGAGACAGACGGAGGAUCAAAUGCAGUAUCGAAAUGUGCUAAAUUUGUUUGGACACCUUGCACAAAAGGUGACGGAGUUCGGGAAAGAUGGUGAAGAAAUUGACUGGGUGAAAAUUGCAGCGAUAAUGAAAGACGAAUUCCAUGUGGACGAACGAAGCCCUUGGGCUACUAUUUUCCAUUCCAGCGGACAGCCUAUCAAGGAAAUGUAUAAGAAGCUGUGGGAUAACCACAGAACGCAGGUUUCUACUAUUCGACUGCAUCGAGAAUAUGAGACUGCAACGGAUGCCAAAUGUUUGGAGCUGGUGUUGAUAUCCAAGUAUAAAGAAUGGGACCGGAUGGAGAAGGAAGAAGGGAAACGAGAUUAUUUUGACGGCUGGAGAGGAUUCCUUCGCGAUGCCAUCGCUAGGCGGGAUACGAGAGAAGACAUUGCGGAAAAGCUGAACGAUUUGACCCAAGUGCUGCAAGAGUUUUGCAAGGGAGGCUUGCAUAAUAAGUAUAAGGACGUUGUGAAGACAUAUUUUCCUUACUUCAAGGAGAUAUAUUGCGACUAUGGCAUGGAGCUGCCAGAAGCGCUGAAAUCUCUAAACAUAGAAGAACGCAUCCAGCCGCAGUCUCAGAACGUUUCUCCGGGUAAAGUUAUGGACCAGCCGGCGAACUCGUUGCCAAUCACGGCUGUCGCCGUAACGGUCGAUAAGGGCAGUAAUGAUGGUGUCGCUGUUGGGACCAUGGCGGUUCCGAAACCUUCGAACGCGGCAAAGCCUUUGACGCCGAUUGUCGAAACGCAGGCGCCACCGGUUCGCGCUGCAGAACCUGUGCCUCUUGACCCUACACCUAUUGUGUCUUUGGCUGCGAAUUCUGGCAUUGCCCCAACCGAGCAGUCUAAAUCGGAGCCAUCAGUUUCGUCACCUGAGGCGACUAAUGCGACAGAACAAGCUCAUGCUGUGCCUCAACCUGUGCCGAUCUCUUCCCAAGAAGCACCGGUGGAAUCGGCUCCUUCAAAAGAAAUAAAAAAUGAAGCCGCGCCAGCAGCACCGCCAGUCACCACUGGCAUUAAACGACCAGGACGACCACCUGGAAGACCUGGUUUGCCGUCAAUGCUUAAUCCACCGCAAAAUAUCAUUCUGAAACCAGAGCAGAGAAAUAAGGAUAUUAUGGGAAAGGACAGCACUAAUACGAUUGCUCCCGUACCGUCGCAGGAUAACGCGAAACAACCAGAGCCCAAGAAAAGGAAGGUUCAACCGAAAGGAGAAGAAAUUUCUGCAGCAACAAAUGCUGCCACAGAUGAUCAGGAAAUGCGGUGGAAAAAUUUCGAAAACUUGUGCAACACAGAAGGGAAAUUGAGCAACGAUGAUUUGAUUGCAAUGAAAAGAGGAUUGCUUGUGUCGUUGUUCUCUAUUUCUCCGACCGACAUGGUGGACUAUGAUCCAUUCAAGCUACCUGUGUCGGAUUUGACGGCAGCGAAAUAUGAUCAGUACAUCCGGAGCCCGAAAAGUAUCGAAGCGCUGCUGAACGAAAACAUUGAACAUAAGGGCUCUACCGACGCUGAUCUCACUGAGUUGAUGCUGAUUCCGCUGAAUGCCUUAGUGUUCAAUAGCUUUCCAGCUGAGAUCCUCAACGGCAGCGUCGAUUUGUUAUCAUUUCUGACCAAAUUUCAAAAGAAUGCGAUUGGGCACCACUUGGCGGAAGGGAAUCCCGGUAGUGCAGAUUUGGCCGCCCUAGCGGAAGAACUUUCGCAAACUUUCGGAGACCGUAAUCGCCCACCGUUAGAUCAAGAUAAACCUAUCAUUUUGCAAGAAGGGAAAGUUGUUCGCAGAGGACUACCGGCCGCGCAGCCAGUCGUCAAAAGCGUGAAUCAUCCCCCAGUUGGUACAAGAAACGUUAGAGGAACGCGCAAACCAUAAGGAUUACUUUACCGGAGCAGUUGACGUUUGUUGCUCAUUAGAAUAGUUUCGUUGUUGGUUUCUUUAUUUUUCUUUAACACUUGCUUGAGUAAGUGGAACGAUAUAAAUUUGUUAUGUACAGAUAUACUGAUUUGCCGAUCCUUCUUUGUUGCUAUAUGGGUUUUUUUGUUAGAAGUUGAUCGUUGAGAUUGUCACGGAAAUUCAUGACAAUGAGAAUAGUACUAUAAUACUAUUUAUAGUUCUUAAUUACUGUCGACAAGUUAGAAAAACAACCACCGAGCA